AUGUGGCAGGUUUCAAAGGUUGAUAAGCACGGCUUGGUGCUCCGAACCACAAAGGCUGUCCUGCUGGCAGCGCUGGUGGCAGCUUCUGUGGCCAGUGCUUUCGUUGGCGCGAAGGCCCCCACCCCGCGAGUCCAGACACUGACACAGCUGUCUGCCGGCGGGGAGUACACCGGCUUCGUUCCAGAUUUGCAGCGCCGUCAGCUGAUGAACUUCGUCCUGGUGACCACAGCCGGCAUUCCAGUGCUGGUGGAUGGCAACCCCAUCACCCUGGAAACCUGGGUGAAGAGCCACAAGGACAACGACCGCGAUUUGGUCCAGGGCCUGAAGGGUGAGCCAUACUACCUCAUCUCCACCGCAGAUGGCAUCAAGGACUUCGCCCUUCUGUCAGUGUGCACGCACCUCGGGUGCGUUGUGCCUUGGAACAGGGCUGCCAACAAGUUCUGCUGCCCAUGCCACGGCUCGCAGUACGAUGAGAACGGCAAGGUGGUGCGAGGCCCUGCCCCGCUGUCCCUGGCGCUUGCCCACACCACCACCCAGGAUGGUAAGCUGGCCCUGACCCCUUGGCCCGAGAAGGACUUCCGCACCGACCUCGACCCCUGGUGGAAG